CUUUAUAUUCACUAGCAUAUACGUUUUCCUUCACUUUCAAUCUCUUUACAAUAAAAUCGAAUUAUCUUGUGGAAUAUUUAAAGUCGCGAGUAAUUAAAAUUAACAGAAUCGAAUAAGACAGUAUAUAAUUGUGAAAGAAAUAUGAAUCGACAACAAUUGGGAUUAUUAUUUGUAUCUACUUUAAUCGUUAUCGUUUCAGCGUUCUCUCGGAACAUUAAUGCACAAGAAUUAGCAUCGAGAUUAGAAAAUAGAAAUGUGAUAAGUGCCGAGCAAACGAAACUAACAGCAAAGGAUUUUUUGUACGUCGUAAAUAACACGAUAACAACAGUGCCGUGUAUUUUGACAAAUAUGUCAAUUUCCGUUACGGUCCCGUAUACAAUGAAGAAUAAGACGGACAGCACUAAAACCUUAACUGUUCCAAACAACGCUACGGUCGAUGGUCAUUGUUCAUCUGUAAUAUCAGAAAUGAAACUAAUUUGGAAAGAAGAAAACACUGACAAAGAAAACAACACAAUUAAAUUUAUAUUUAUCAACGAUCACGAAAAUUUCUCGCUUUUUUCUGUCGGUCUCAAUAUAUCCCUAAAGGAAGGUAAUUCUAUUAAUUCAUCGGGCGAUUGGUUUAACGGAACAUCAGAUAUCGAUCUUCAUUUAUUCUCUGCACCCGUUACGAAUGGAUUUUAUAACUGCAAAAGAAAAGAGGUAGUAAAAGUUGAUAACGCAACAAUAAGUAUAGAAAACGUUUCCUUAAUCGCAUUCCAUAAGAACGGCGAUAUUUCUACGUCCGAAGAAGAGCAAUGCUCCACCGAAAACAACAAAACUCGAACGUUUCCUUACGUUUCAAGGGAUGAAAACAGCAGACGCAUAUGUACAUUAGCAAGAAUGUCAAUUUCUUUAAAGAUACCAUACAGAAAGAAAAAUACGCAAAACGAUACUGCGAUUAUAGAAGUUCCAACCACACUUAAAGUUUCCGGAAAGUGCGACUCUUCAAGGGGACUUUCUACUAUGAUGUUAACCUGGGACCCAGAAGUGUCGAAAACUGAAUUGACAUUUGAAAAUAAAAAAACAAAUGAAAUUGCAUUUUAUAUACAGAGAGACAAAAUAGACAGCCACGUUGCUCUGAUUACUGCUGAGAUUUUCGUAGAUAACACACAUUUUAAGGAUGCUCAGAACGCAGGUGAUUUCAUUCAGAUACUUGCGCCAUUUAAGGAUCUCUUUUCCGCAACCGUCGAAAAUGGAAUCCAUAGCUGCCCUGAAAAAACAUUUAGCACGAUAGCAGAUGUUACCGUAACCAUACGCAACGUUCUCUUGGUCGCCUUCGAUGCCGAACAAGAUUUCGCAUUGAAACAAGUAACCGACUGUAGAAGUACAUAUUUUGAACGUGACUUCACGUAUAUUGUACGGCGAAAUGAUACUGGUGUACCUUGCACCUUGGCAAAAAUGUCGAUUAGUGCAACAGUACUGUACAAACAAAAUAAUAGAACACUAAACGUCCCAUCUAUAGCUGUUGUUAGCGGUAAUUGCGAUAAUAAAUCUUCUGAAAUGACACUAAGCUGGUCAGAAUCAGAAAAAAAUGAUACGAUGAAUAAAAUUACAUUUUAUAUUGGUAGAAAUGAGACUAAUUUCUUCGUUUAUCAAGCAACGGCCACCGUGUAUUAUGAUAAAAAUGAUAUAAAAACAGCUAUACAAGGGAAGUCAUAUAUUAUGCAUAAUCUGUUUUCGGCAUCCGGGAUUAACGGACUUUAUAAUUGCACAAGUCUUAUACACGAAAUAAAGCUCGACGAUAUCCACUUAAACAUAACCAAUGUUACAUUUAUCGCAUUCAACACCGAAGAAUACCUUAACCCGAAAAAAGUGACAGAGUGUUCUACCAAUUCAGGCGGAGAUGUAACUACAACUGAAUCACCUAUACCUCCUGUAGUAGGCUAUCCUUACGUCGUGAGAAAUAAGAAAAAUGUACCUUGCAUCGCAGCUAAUAUGACGAUUUCUAUAAAAGUACCUUACGCGAUGAAAAGUACACCUAAAACGAACCAAACGACUUUGAUAGUACCGAUUGGAAACGAAGUAAAUGUAAAUGGCACGUGCGAGAAUGAAAAAUCUACAAUGAAUUUAAUUUGGAUUAACAAUUCAGAAGCUAAUUCCCAGGACGAAUACAAAGAAAAUACGGUUACGAUUAAUUUUUCCAGAGGCAGUUCAAAUUAUUUCAUUCGGUCUAUGAAUUUGUCUAUUUACUUAGAUGAACAUAAUUUUCCUGGAGCUAACGCUACCGGUACAUAUAUAAAUGUCAAAACGGAAAAACUCGACAUAUUCUCCACUCCUCUAAACAAUGUGUACAAAUGCUCCGAUAAAAUUUCGGUGAAUGCUCAAAAUGUCGUCGUAACUAUCAGUAAAGUUUCUUUGAUCGCGUUCAAUGAGGCGGCGCAUAUUACUUCGAAAUCAGUGAAUUGUGCCAAUCAUGAGGAAACUGAUAAUAAUACUGGAGCCAUAGUAGGUGGUAUUAUCGGAGGUAUUAUUCUCAUCGCUAUAAUUGGAUAUCUAGGUGUGAUGUACAGGAGAAAAAGAGGAUACGGUGUUUGAUAAUAAACACGAGUAAAACUUGUGUAAUUAUUAUCUAUUAUAGAAAUAUACUAAAAAAAGAAAAAAAGGAAGAAAAAAAGAUGGGUAUCUAUGAAUAAGUGAUAGAAUACGUCGUUUAACGUAAACUCUGGUAAAUAUAAGACCGGAAAAAGAUCGUAUUUCAUAGCGAUUUUGGGUAAAAUAA